GACUCUUUCUCCAAAGGCAAAAACUCAAUUAUAAUUAAUUAGUCUGUGCUGUAGUAACUUGUUUGUAAAUAGUAACUGCUGAAAAUAGUAUGCGAUGUGAAAUUAUACGCAUUCCUUAACCUUACAUUACGUAAACUUUAUACUAUUGGUACUUAUUCCUAUUCUUGUCCGGUAUUGAAUACACAAUUACACACUUGUUAAAUAAUUUCAAUGUUAAGUGUGAAAUGUUCAUGAAAAAUGCCACCCUUCAGAAGGAAGAAAGCCUCCAAGUCAUUUCCAGUUAAAGUAUGCACCUUAGAUGCUGAAUUAGAAUUCAACUUGGAAUGGAGAGCAACAGGACGAGAUCUGUUUGAUCUGGUUUGUAGAACCAUUGGACUUCGAGAGACAUGGUUUUUUGGACUGCAGUUUGAAGAUACAAAACAUUUUAUAAGCUGGUUGAAGCUGGAUAAAAGAGUACAAGACCAAUGUGUAUCACAAAUGCCAGGCACACCAUUCAUGCUACUUUGCAAGCUGUAUCCUGAGGAUGUGGCAGAGGAACUCAUCCAGGAAGUGACUCAACAUCUGUUGUUCCUGCAAGUAAAGCAAGCCAUUCUCAGUAUGGAUAUCUACUGCCCUCCUGAAGCAUCAGUCUUGUUAGCCAGCUAUGCUGUGCAGGCUAAGUACGGCGAUUAUGAUGAAAGCGCUUAUAAGCCUGGGAUGCUCGCCAGCGAGGACCUGUUGCCACAACGCGUUAUCGAUCAGUACCAGAUGACACCUGAAAUGUGGGAGGAGAGAAUUAAAAUAUGGUACGCAGACCACAAGGGCAUGUCGAGGGAUGAAGCAGAAAUGGAAUACCUGAAGAUUGCACAGGACUUAGACAUGUAUGGCGUGAACUACUUCGCUAUCAAUAACAAAAAGGAAACUGAUCUGUACUUGGGUGUCACAGCUCUGGGCCUCAACAUUUACGAGAAGGACAACAAGCUAACUCCCAAGACCACCUUCCCCUGGUCAGAGAUCAAGCACAUAUCGUUCGAUGACAAGAAGUUCAUUAUCAAGUUUGUCGACAAGAGCGCCAACAACUUUAUAUUCUUCUCGCCGAAAGGGAUGAAUAAAUUGAUAUUAGAUCUGUGUAUCGGCAACCACGAUCUGUACAUGCGCAGACGCAAGCCCGAUACGAUGGAAGUACAGCAGAUGAAGGCGCAGGCCAAGGAAGAGAAAGUACGUCGACAAAUCGAACGCAACAAGCUCGCAAGAGAGAAGCAGCUGAGAGAGUCAGCGGAGAGGGAGAGAACGGCGAUGGAACAGAGACUUUUGCAGUACCAGGAGGAGAUACGGCUGGCUAACGAGGCCCUUCGUCGGUCAGAAGAGACAGCAGAGCUGUUGGCAGAGAAAGGGCGAGUGGCGGAGGAAGAGGCUUCUCUCUUGGCGCAGAAGGCUGCUGACGCCGAAAGGGAGAACGCGAGACUGCGGCUCUCCAACAUACGCAGCGAGGAAGAGAAGGUCCACUUGGAGCGGAAGACUCGCGAGGCUGAGUUCCUAACAGCCAGGUUGGUGGAAGAAUCUGAGAAGCGGUUUGCUGAAGCCGAGCGACUCAAGUCAGAGCUGAUGGCGGCCAGGGUCGCGGAGAAACAUGCCAAGGAGAAGCUGCUUAACUUCCUCACGAGGACUUCCAACACAUCCUCCCCACCACCGUCUACGGUUCCAUCACUUUUCCCUUCGACGUGCUCUCUACCGGCGGAGUUGGGAAGUGAUGGUCUGGUGAACGGACACUCAGAACCCGAAGUGGAGAUCAACUCGUACCAGCUGGUGAUGGAUGACUCCGACCCUCACAUACACAGGCUCUCGCUAGAGAUUGAGAAGGAGAGAGUGGAAUACCUAGCGAAAUCAAAGCAUCUUCAGCAGCAGUUGGAUGAUUUGCGAUGUGAAUUCUCCGUGUUAAGAGUUGAGCAGCCGGGCGCUACGCUAGACCGGCUGCACGAAGCGCAGACCAGGGCGGGCGACGACAAGUACAGCACGCUGAGGAGACUCAAGCAGGGCUCCACCAAGACUCGCGUCGCGUUCUAUGAGGAGUUAUGAGGUAUUAUUUAUCAAUGACUGAAAAUGAAUGUUCGAGAAUGUCGAUAACAGCAUGCCACGCCACAACAUGCCUUCUAUCAAAGACUUAAGGUUCACUGUGGUUGCGCGCUGUCCAGGUUUUGGUCAGUUCGCUAGGUCAAUAUAGAAUGUUCCUUAUAUUUUUGUAGUCAAUAAUAUUUUUAAUUAUGUUGAUGUGCAUAUUAUUGCCGACGGACAUGAACGAUGCACGAACGACGGCGAAUGAAAGAGGAGGAGAGAGUGAGAGAGAAGAGAGAUAUUUUGUAACUGCUUUUUUUAAAUCUUUAUAAUAUAAAGCUCUAUUUUGGCGUAGUUUCGAAAGGUAGGUUUAUCGUCAUCACUGUCAGACGGGAGCAUCCAAGUUCGCUAUUUGUAUCACUUUGGAUGCUCGAAUGAUCAUUUUCAGAUACUCUCUAAAAAUGCUCAUUUUGUGAUUGAUUUUAUUUUCAUUUUCAUCUUUAUAUGGAUUUUAAUGUUCAAUUAACAAUAUUGGCAAAUUAUUUAUACGGUCGCGGUGAGAGCAAGUGUAUCGAAACGUUUGUAAGGUCAAUGUAACAUCAUACUAAAUCAUAUAAUUAAUUUGUCAAAUAAAACAUGUACAAUUUUUAUGAACGAUUCCGUCCGAGCGCUCUUCCAACUGAGCCAACCGUUCGAGUGACGUAUGGUUCGUAAAUCUUGGUAGUUCUUGUUCAACUCUCAGGGGUUGUGGCUCCAUCUACAGGAUCUACUUUACAGUUAAUAUCUUGCUAAACUCCAAUAUUCGCAUAGUAGGAAAUUGGCUUGAGAUGUCGCUCUUUUAAAUCUAAACAAAUUUAAUUUAAUUAAUCCCAAAAGUGAGCGAUUUCACUUUAAAAAUAACAAAUUGUUAAGAAAUUUGUCGAUCUGAAAUGUGGUAAGGUUUUUUUCUCCAAUUAAUUUAUGUAAUCUUAUGUUUUGUUAAAUUCUUUUGUCGAUCGCCGUUCGGAAGUAAGUUGAUUGUCAAAAAUUGAUAACAAUUUAAAUCUCUGGAUUCUAGAUGGGUCCAAAGUCUAGAGCCUUUACCGAUAAUAUUCGUAAUUCAUCUGGGCUUCAUGGAUACAAUGCGGUUCCCCUGAAUACCUUUAAAACUGUCGAUGCUUGAAUAUAAUUUUUUUAUGACAAUAACGGACGAGACGAUCAAGACGUUUAACUAAUUAAUACGCCAUGUCCUUUACAAUGCAUUAAAUUCUUGAAAAGCCCAAUUAUUCUGAGCGGCACUAUUACAACUGCGCUCGUCACCUUGAGACUAGUUUUUUUCACUAGUUACGGCGUCCUUCAGACCGAAACACAAUAAUGCUUCCACAUUACUGUUUCACGGCAGAAAUAGUCGCCGUUAUGGUAUUCAUAAUCUAGACAGCAUCCUGUGCAAAGGAGCCUGCCAUUAGUAAACCAUUUUCCAACGCUUAUUUUAAGUAAGUGUCUGUAGGGGAUGGUCUCCUUUAUAAUACACCGUUUUUCCGCGCUAUCUUUAGUGGCUAACAAGCUGCAUCGUAAGCUGGCUGCAACAAUCUUGUGACAAUAGGGAGAACGCCAUGACGGCAUUGUCAAUACUCCUGCAAAGAUACCUGACCACACGGCUGAUAAGCAUAUGAUAUACAAUGAUAUAUUUAAUACAAUAUACUAACUUAAACAUACAUAAAUUCAUAUAAACAUACAUAAAUACAUUUAAACAUCCAUGACUCGGAAAAAAAUAUCCAUAUUCAUCAUAUAAAUGCUUGCACCUACCGGGAUUCGAACCCGGGACCUCUAGCUUAGUAGGUAGGAUCGCUAACCACUCCGCUAUACAGGUCGUCGCAAAUCACUGAGUCCGAUACCCAAAACCCCCGGAACUGUUAAUGUAGAUCACAUUGUUUUGAAAAAACCGCUUAAUUAGGUGUGAUGUCUCCAUUGGCUUCAAAAUAACCGUUAAAGCAGUUCUUAUUGCUUGCCGUAUGAUAUAUCUUAUAAUUGUCUUUUUAUCAAGAGAUAAAAAGACAAAACGGCUUAGACCUUUCCAUUCUUUGGGUACAAUUUAAAGAUGUGACUCGUCACCAUCAUCAAUUUGUUUUGAAUCAGACAUAAUCUCUAUAAAAAAUAUGUAAUCGUUAUUGUUUUAGAAAUGUUAUCCUCCGAUAUAUUGUAGCACUCGCAGAUGUCACGUAAACAGGUCAUUCCAUUUUAACAAGUUUUAAAGUCCACAGACCACAUGCGGUCUGUUGAGGGAAAGUAAUAUCAGUCCACAGACCAUAGGUCUGUUCGUCUAUACAAUAUUAAGGCUUUUUAUUGCUAUGGACGUAGAUAGAAUGGCCUUUAUUUGCCGUACACUUGACAGGACAUAUCCUAGAAAACACAAAAAGUGCUGGGACAUGGAGAAGAGAGUACAAUUUUCUGAAAAAAUACGUUUUGUUUAUAUUUUUUUAUUUUAGACUGUAUUUUUAAGAUCCGCUUUUUGAAUGAAUGCUGCGACGCUUAGCUUUUUAAUCUACUUGUCUAUUGGUAAAAGCUUUGACGCAACAUUUAUUACAAGCGCCCUCCUGUGUGCCAAUAAUAAAACUUUUCAUAAAUGGCGGAUGCUUUUAACUGUCAGUGUACAAAAAGAUAGAAAUAAAAUAUGUGUAUUUUAUGUAUUAUGAACAUAGUUUAUUGGUAUUAUCCAGAACAAUGUAAUAUAUAUAUAGAAACCUAUUUGUUAACGCGAGUUAUGCGUGAUUUUUUUUUCAAUUUAAGAUUUAAUUGUUUAGUUAAUAUUUUUUAUAUUAUAUAAUAAUAAAUACUUGUAUGAGUAUACGCUUGGCUCCAUGUAAACGCAUAAUUUUUAUACAAACUAGGUUAUUUAUAACUUCUGUAUGUUUGAUGUGGUGGGUGUAUUUAUUUAUUUGCAGUUGUUUCAAAUCAUUAUAUUAUUCAUUUCAAUUUGUUCCUCCUUUCCGUGAUAUGGACGAGAUCUUGACCUAGAGAUGAUAAUAGAUAUUUAAUAAUUUUACGGCCUUACAAAUAAACAUGUUAUAAGGAUAUUUAUUGAAGUAGGCGUUACUUUGCGGAAAUCCAUAAUUAUCCAGAUGUUUUGUGUUUUCUUUAGUGUUAAUUGCGCCAAUAUUUGAGAGUCUCGUGCCAGCGUGGCGAGUCAACAUGAAUUAACACUAAGGAAAAUUCAAAACAUUUGGAUGUUAUACGGAACCAACCUGAGAAUGACCCAGGAAUAGGCAAAUUUACUAUAUAAUUUAUUAUUUUACAAAUAGGUAUUGGUUUAUUCGGGCGUAUAACAUUUCCCGCGUUUGUUUACAAGGCUACUUGACAUUCGCAAUACUUCAGAAUUAUAAUUGUAUUGACAGUGUUGUCAUUGAUAUAGUCAACAUUUUGCAUAUACUGGGUUUAUUCUAAGGUAUAACAUUAUACCGAGUUUAUUCUAAGGUAUAACGUUAUACCGAGUUUAUUCUCUAGGUAUAACUUUAUACUAAGUUUAUUCUCUGGUAUAACUUUACAUCAAGUUUAUUUGUAGGGCCGUUAAUGUUUAUUUCUGCCGGCGGCGGGGCCCCAUGUAUUUAUAAAUGCCAUAAGUAAUACGGCAGGACUUUUAUUCAAAAGAGCAAAGCCGUUGUGUUUUGUCUAUGAAUUUCUAUGAACAGAACAUAACUGGCAGUCAUAUAGUAGCCAUGGUAACUUACAUUUCGAUACCUCAGUUCGAAAGUGUAACAAGUUUGAAAUUCAGUCAUUUUGAGAUGAGUAUGAGAAAUUGUUUUAUAAACGAUAACCCAGCAUUACCACAGAGAAAGAAACAAGUCGAUAACUACAUCCAGUUUAGUUAUCACUUCCAAUAUUUCUUCAUAAGUCUUGAAUACUUUCGUUACAAACGAUAACAUCUCGCUUUUUUUUGUAACCCUUUUCUGAAUUGUGACUCUUUGGAACUGAGGCAUCGAUUUUAUUAUUUAUAUAUCAAUUUUGGAGUACCUGAUAAUUUUAAAGAGCGUUGCCUUGUUUGUUGGUGGCGAUAAUAUAAAUAUAUUAUUACCAAAAUAGAUGUACGAAGUUUCGGUUCACGGAUCGUACAUUUUCCUAUUACGAAAGUGUUUCGGAUCCGGAAGUUCGCGAUUAGACAUUUUGUCUUUCGUUUACCUUAUUCCCAAAUUCUCUUGACAUUUACUUUUUCGUUGUUUGAGAUUAAUAAGGUCGUAACUACAACUUCAGUUUUUAUGGUUAUGUCUAUGGUUCCGAAACGAAAUCUAUUCACUAUUCUAAUCCGAAGUACUUUGAUAACAGGAGUUCGUCGUUCUUUCGUUUUGGACGAAAAUUCGGCUUUCGAUUUUGGUAAUAGACCUCCUGUAUCGAAACAUCGUGGUAUUUUCUUUUUUAUUUCAAUUUUAAUACUUACGACGAAUCGUAAUCGACAUCAACGAGAAUAUAAUUUACAUUCGUGGUUAAUUCAAAUGUUAUUUAUUAAUGUAUUGGGAUUGCAAAGUAUACUUAGGUAUAAUAUUUUUUUAUAUAUUCGAUCAAUGUUCAAGUAAAUGUGCCUUCUCAAAUGUUAUUUAGAAUAUUAGUUAUUGUAAAUAAAUAUUUAUAUAUUUUUAGUAA